CACACGCACCGGUGGGAACCAUACACACACUUCGUCGCUGAGGCUGGACACCAACGCUCCUGGCCCGGCAACGGAGCACAAAUCCAGGCUUCCAGGCGCCGCAGCCCGCUGUGAAAGUGGACUUUUCAUCGCCUUUCUUUUUCGAUAUGGGAGACAUGGGGGAUCCUCCGAAAAAGAAGCGACUGGUGUCUCUUUGCGUGGGCUGCGGGAACCAGAUCCACGACCAGUACAUCUUACGGGUAUCUCCGGACCUGGAGUGGCAUGCCGCUUGUCUCAAGUGUGCGGAGUGCAGUCAGUACCUGGACGAGUCAUGCACUUGCUUCGUCAGGGAUGGAAAGACUUAUUGUAAACGGGACUACAUCAGGUUAUACGGGAUUAAAUGCGCCAAAUGCAAUAUCGGAUUCAGCAAGAAUGACUUCGUCAUGAGGGCUCGCUCCAAAGUCUACCACAUCGAGUGUUUCCGCUGCGUGGCCUGCAGCAGGCAGCUUAUCCCGGGAGAUGAGUUCGCUCUGCGGGAAGACGGGUUGUUCUGCCGCGCUGACCAUGACGUGGUGGAACGGGCCAACCUCGGCAGUGGAGAUCCCCUCAGUCCCCUGCAUCCGGCCAGACCGCUGCAGAUGGCAGCAGAACCAAUCUCAGCGCGGCAGCCUGCACUCAGACCCCACGUCCACAAACAGCCAGAGAAGACCACUCGAGUCCGGACGGUGCUGAACGAGAAGCAGCUGCAUACGCUGCGGACCUGUUACAACGCCAACCCGAGGCCCGACGCCCUGAUGAAGGAGCAACUGGUCGAGAUGACCGGCCUCAGCCCGCGAGUGAUCCGCGUCUGGUUCCAGAACAAGCGGUGCAAGGACAAGAAGAAAAGCCUGCUGAUGAAGCAACUGCAACAGCAACAACCCAACGACAAGACGAACAUCCAGGGAAUGACGGGCACCCCGAUGGUUGCGGCCAGCCCGGAGCGUCACGACGGCGGCAUCCAGGCCAACCCGGUGGAGGUGCAGAGCUACCAGCCGCCCUGGAAGGUCCUCAGCGACUUCGCCCUGCAAAGCGACAUCGACCAGCCUGCCUUCCAACAACUGGUCAGCUUCUCAGAGGGAGGACCAGGUUCGAAUUCGACAGGCAGCGAGGUAGCAUCCAUGUCCUCCCAGCUUCCCGACACGCCGAACAGCAUGGUCUCCAGCCCCAUCGAGGCCUGAGGACUGCCUGAACACACAGCCCCGAUCAUCCCAUUCCUCCUGACUGGGUGUACUUUGACACUGUGAAGACAAUCAUGGGAUUUACUCCAGCCAACCAUCCUAACUUUAACACGGAGUGCAGACGGACGGACAUGAUGAGCGGUGCUGCCUGCUUUCAGUUGCCAAAAGGAGAAGAGAGAAAAGGAAGCGGACCUCUGACAGGGAGCGCAAUCUAAUUCACGUAGGCCUACUUUCGAUAUGUUCAGCUUUGAAUAGAAAACGAUGGGGUUUUUUUUUACCUUUUUUUUUUUUUUUCUUUUUUUUAAACCCGCUUCACCCACACCAUAUAGGCUAAGAGAUCUUUUGGAUCCGUCUGAUUUCUUCAUUUGACUGAUUUCCUUUAUGACCCAAGGCCUGAGGCAUUUUAAACAAGGUAUACCUCUAGUUUGCCACAAACGUUGUGGGACAUUUGUGCGUUAGCCUAUAGUGUCCGUCCAAGUAUAGGCUAUUUUUUCUUUCCCAAAGACAUGUAAAUUAUUCAGUUAGUUCUCUGCAAGAAAUUGUAUUGUUUGUUCCCGUGCAACAGAAUUAUUUAUUAUUUAUUGCCGACAAAUUUGCCACCUUUUGUGUAACUUUCGUAACUGAAGUAAAAAGAAACAAAAAGAAA